AUGUGGCUAUACAUUGGUCUUCUUUCUGCGCUACAAUGGGCAGCAUGCAUGAUGGACGCAGAAAAGACUGAAUGGAAUCGAUUCGGGUACCUUGUCAAGGUUCUCUCUGAAGACCCUAGCGAACCCCGUGUGAUAGGAUGUACUGGUACUUUGAUCGCGCCAUCACUUGUUCUUACCGCUUCGAAGUGCAUCGCUAGUGAUAAGGCUAAUUCGAUAGUUAUCUACGCAAAGGGACCAUAUCAUAGAAAACGUGCUGUUGGGUCUAUUAUAAAGGAUGGUGUUCUCGCCGUUCUCGAAAUCCAUCCUAUCAAAGACGAGAUGUGUCCCAGACCUCCGGCACCCACGAGACUUAGUCGUCUGCCAAUCAAACUCAGCUUAACAAAUGCUCCAUGGGAGAGGAUUGACUUGAGUAAUCUUUCUGAGGCAGAUUGUAGGAUCACUGGUUUCGAAACAGUGAACGUUGCAAACUUCUCUUCUAUUCAUGCAACCAUGCGAACACCAGUGCAUGUCCUUAAAGACGGCGACACUUUAAUUGUGGAUGUAUCUUCUGGAAGUCCUGUUUGCUGGGAUGAUCUUGGGCUUCCGCUCGAGUGCCUACUGGACAAGAGAGGGUGGACUCAAGUGGGACUUCUCCACUCUGUCACGAGAGUUAUAGACGAUCCGAACAACUUCACGCUUUCGGAGUGUGAUAAUGCCGCGGUACUCCUUUUCACGUCGUUCUCCGAUGACACACUUCCAAAGCUUCUAGAGAGCCUUGCAGUGGAGGUCUUGAGUUCAACGAAGAAAUGCUUCGCACAAAGAAUACCCCAACGAGAUAAAGACAUAAUAGGAUGA